GAUCGUGAUAAUAUCACUCCCCGCGCCCAGCAAGGUAGUUUGCUCAGCCCUUAAUCUCAAACGAUGAGGUAAUUAAGGUUCUGCUUCCAGGACUUUAAUAACAGUUUCGGCUGCCGUGGCGUGCCGCUCACAGACGCAUUGGUGAUCAUCCCGCCACACACGUCCCCCAACCUCAUCAUCAUACCCAACCAAUACUCGUACUGCGUACCCUUUCGUCCAGUGUCUCACGAGCUGUCCAUCUUCAUCACUUUAUCAUACUUGUACAUCAGAAAGUACUCGUACCCUACCGUACCGUACUCGUACGUUCCCCUCCCUCAAUCAGUCGGAACACACGUGCCCGUCCGGGAGAUCUACGGGAGUUCGGGAUCGUCAGGGUUUCCUAUACGAGUAGGCUUGCGCCCGCUGUGAAACUCGACGGCUCACUUUUAUACCGCUUGUUUGACGCCAUCAUCAUACCAUACUAUACCAUACCGGUACUCGAGUACUUUCCACUUCCAUUUCUCAUUUUUUCUUUCUUUUAUCCAGCAAACCGUUUUGUCUCGUCUCUUCGUGGUUAUAUCGAUUCGGUCUUCGUUCUUAAGUUUAUUCCAGUUCACGGGUACGUGAGUCGGCGUCCACAUAUUUCGCUCAUGGGGUUCGACUUUCCCUUCUGGUACAAAUAUUGCACCAUUUGCACUCCUCAGGUUCUAUUGCAGUUACCCUAUUGGCCCGAUCCCUUGGCCCCACUCCCCUCUCUUUCUCCUCAUUGAUGCGGGGGAGGGGUGGAGGUGGAGGUGGAGAAAAUGCCAAUUAUCGGGCAUUUGUCCUAUCUUUUCAAGGCUGGCGAACAAUCUCCUGGCGGACAGACCCGACCGGGACCGAAAGAGGAAACGAACUCUAGGCGCGGGUACCCGCCUCCAUCAGAUUUGGGCUUGAAGAAUAUCGCUGAUAAGUUUUCCAACCAUGUGCAUGGCUCGCCUUGUGCUCCUCGUGCACAGGUUCCUACGCAGUGCGCACUGGCCUUCACGAAAGAAAAAGGAAAAAGAAAAGAGAAAAGGUCCGCUCGAGCACGGGCGGGCUUCGCGGAUGAAUAACGCGAAGAACCCGACGCAGUACAGUAUCAAUCCCAAAGCCAACAGCAAGUGACCAGCUGAUGGUGAGAUUCACCAAAUGGAAAAAAAAGAAAGAAAGAGGAGAAGGAAAUAGUAAACCCAUUGAAUAUGGUACUCUUAUCACACUUCUUGCGCCCCGAAAGCUAGUUGUCGUGCGCCUGACCAUUAGCACAAAAUAUAGUCUAGCACUGCAUUGCGCUGUAUCACGCUGCACUUGAUGAUAUGAUAGAAAGGAAGUGCGGAUCAAAAGGGGAGAAAGUGCUAAUCCUCCCUCCAUCAUCCAUCCAUCCACCCAUCGGUACCUCUUCUGCCAAAUAUCUGGUGCAUGCCACUGGUUAAGGCCCAUCUUCCUUCCCGAUACGAGAAGGAAUUAGGGAUGGGAGGAGAGGUACACUAAGCAACGCUAUUGCCGCCGCUUCCUGGGAGCGAGAGAUAGCGAAUUGUAGGAAAUUGGGAAAUUUGGGUGGAGGGAAGAGAUCACGGCCGAAGAUGAUUCCUUUGGAAUAUUUCCAUCUGUCUCCCCCCUCGACUGGCCGAUCAAUUGUGCUUUGCGCAACUUCAGCCAGCGCAGAGGUAUCACACCGCGAAGGGUUACAACUUGUGACUACUGACUCGUGCUUAGAGUGUUUCGGGGCGAUGAGUGCUAGUGUGGUUGGCGUCCGGUGCCACACCAGUACUAUAUACCGGUGAUAUUAGGUUGAGCGCGGGGGG